UUUUGUCAUUUAAAAGAAAAGAAGGGGGUGCGCUGGUGACGAGUAAAGAGGACAAAAAGAGGUUUUAGACAGAAUUAGACUCUCUUUUUGCGUAUUCAGCAUUUUGCUCUAGGGUUUUAGACCUUUAUCAAGAUUUGCAAGGAAAGAAAGUAAAAAUAAAGAUAGAGGAGAAAGAUGGACUCAUUCUCGUCACCAUCGAGUGGUUCAUCGCCGAAUUUUUCGAAGGAAGAUUUGAUGGACCAGCUUAAAGUUCAGCUUGCCCAGGCUUACGCCGAGGAAUUCCUCGAGACUGUGCGUGGAAAAUGCUUUGAAAAGUGCAUCACCAAACCUGGCAGUAGCCUUAGUGGGAGUGAGAGCAGUUGCAUCUCCAGGUGUGUGGAUCGUUAUAUUGAGGCCACUGGUAUCAUUGGCAAAGCGCUCUUCAACCAACAGCACUGAAGUUGUGUGGAAUUACUGGAGAUCAAGUUUGAUUAGGCUAGAAAUGGGUUAUUAUUUUUCAAUGCAUUUGAUACUGCUUUCCAUUUUAACAUCCAAAUGAAAAUAUAUAAAUGAGUACUUAUAACCUCCUAGCCGAAUACAGAAUUUCUCUCUUUAAGUCUUGCCAGUUGUCAACUUGUUAUAUGGUACUGUUUCGUCGUUUUCUAUAUUCAUUUUUCCUUUUCCUGAUCUGCCAUUCUUCCCUGGCACGAAUUUAUCUGUUUUAUCAUUACAGUUUGUUCUUUCUUUCCUUUUUUGAGGAGCAUGGUGUUCUUGUUUAAGAGAUUGUCCUUUGAUUAAUUCCUAUGUUUUCUUUAAUUUCUUUUA